GAAUCACCAGAACAGGAAGUGAUGAAGCGAAAGCUUGACACGGACGAAGAUCCGGCGGUGGAUGCCGAGAAGACGAAGAAGAGAAAGGGGGACUUGGAAGAGGAGCAGAAUCAGGAGACGGGGUUUGUGCAUCUGGAUGAGGAUCUUCUGUUUGAGGUGCUCAAGCAUGUUGACGCGCGUUCACUCGCCACCGCUUCCUGCGUUAACAAACAGUGGUACAAGACUGCGCAAGACGAGAGGUUAUGGGAGAUGAUCUGCACCCGUCACUGGGCCAACACCGGCUGCCGCCCUCAACAGCUCCGCUCUGUCGUUUUAGCUCUUGGUGGUUUCCGCCGACUCCACUCUCACUGCCUCUGGCCUCUCCUUAAGCCCCCUUCAUUACCGCCGUCUUCACUUUUGCCCUCAUCAUCAGCGUCUUCGUCGUUCUCACCAUCUUCUUCCCCUCUCCCCCCUGCGUUGCCUUCUCCGGUUCUGCCAUCGAAGUCACCAAUCCACUGGGGGAAGGACGAGGUUCAGCUCUCCCUCUCUCUCCUCUCCAUUCGAUAUUUCGAGAAGAUGAAUGUCAACAACAGAGGAGGCCGAUGAACUUUAUAAUUACUCCCUAGUUAUCCUUCUCUUUGACGUUGCUUCUCUUGAUCUUUGCCUACUCUUAUUUUCCUUUUUUCCUCUAGGAUUUCAAUUUUACUUCUAGAUAAGGGUUUCUUCUGAUCGGAUCUGUAAAAUCUUAAUAUGAUAUUUGAUGGUAUCAUAUUUUGCAGUUCGCUUUGUGUUUCUUUUGAUACUUUCAAGGAUUGAUGGAUGUUGUUGUAUAAAUGAAUCAAGUCUAGUUGUUUUU